UUAACCAGAAAUCAGAAUGACAAUUCAUUUUAGAUGAUGUGAAUGUGAUUCUAAUAUUUGAUUGUAAUUUCGAGCAGUUGCUGAUAUUGUUGUCUAAAUUUAUUACAGAAAUAAAAUAUUAAUUUAAAAUGGCUACGACCCUCGAAGAUAAGUCUAUUUGGGAAGAUGGAGAAGAAGCCCUCAGCGAAGAAGUUCUCCGAAUGCCAACAGACGAGAUUAUCAGUCGGAGCCGAUUGCUAGACAACGAAAUUAAAAUCAUGAAAAGCGAAGUGAUGAGAAUCUCUCACGAACUUCAAGCUCAGAAUGACAAAAUUAAAGAGAACACGGAAAAAAUUAAAGUGAAUAAAACACUUCCUUACCUUGUUUCAAACGUAAUAGAACUGCUCGACGUAGACCCUCAGGAGGAAGAAGAAGAUGGUGCUGUAGUUGACUUAGACUCUCAGAGAAAAGGAAAAUGCGCAGUCAUCAAGACUUCGACUCGUCAGACAUACUUUUUACCAGUUAUUGGCCUGGUGGAUGCAGAUAAACUGAAGCCAGGUGACCUAGUCGGAGUAAACAAAGAUUCGUAUCUUAUUCUUGAGACGUUACCAGCAGAAUAUGAUGCGAGAGUAAAGGCUAUGGAGGUCGACGAGAGACCCACUGAACAGUACUCUGAUAUUGGAGGUUUAGAUAAACAGAUUCAGGAACUGAUAGAAGCUGUAGUACUGCCAAUGACGCACAAAGAGAAAUUUGUCAACCUCGGCAUACAUCCCCCAAAGGGAGUACUUUUGUACGGUCCUCCGGGUACAGGCAAAACCCUGCUGGCCAGAGCGUGCGCAGCUCAGACUAAAUCAACCUUCUUAAAACUGGCUGGACCACAACUUGUUCAGAUGUUUAUUGGUGAUGGAGCAAAACUUGUCCGCGAUGCCUUUGCCCUAGCUAAAGAAAAGGCCCCUGCCAUCAUCUUCAUUGAUGAACUCGAUGCUAUUGGUACCAAGCGUUUCGACUCAGAGAAGGCCGGUGAUCGUGAAGUACAACGUACCAUGUUGGAGCUGCUCAACCAGCUUGAUGGAUUCAGUUCUACUGCUGAUAUAAAGGUCAUAGCUGCUACCAACAGAGUAGACAUUUUGGAUCCCGCUCUCCUGAGAUCAGGUCGUCUGGACAGAAAGAUUGAAUUCCCACACCCUAAUGAAGAAGCUAGAGCCAGAAUUAUGCAGAUUCAUUCCCGAAAAAUGAAUGUGUCUCCGGACGUCAACUUCGAAGAACUUUCCCGUUCUACUGAUGAUUUCAAUGGUGCCCAGUGUAAGGCAGUGUGUGUGGAGGCUGGUAUGAUUGCUCUCCGUAGGUCGGCCACCGCAGUCACACAUGAAGACUUCAUGGACGCCAUAUUGGAAGUACAAGCUAAGAAGAAGGCUAAUCUUAGCUACUAUGCCUAGUUUAACACCUGCUUUAUGUAUAAGUUUUUAAUAAUAAAUAUAUUGUAUUAAAUG